AUGGCUGACGAUAAGGAGAUGCCUGCUGCUGUAGUUGAUGGUCAUGAUCAAGUCACUGGUCACAUAAUCUCCACCACAAUCGGUGGAAAAAACGGAGAACCAAAACAGACAAUUAGUUAUAUGGCGGAGCGAGUUGUUGGUACGGGCUCGUUCGGUAUAGUUUUCCAGGCGAAAUGUUUGGAGACCGGUGAAACCGUGGCGAUUAAGAAGGUUUUGCAAGAUAGGAGAUACAAGAACCGUGAACUUCAGUUGAUGCGUGUGAUGGAUCAUCCGAAUGUGGUUUGUUUGAAGCAUUGCUUCUUUUCAACUACAAGUAAAGACGAGCUUUUCCUUAAUUUGGUUAUGGAGUAUGUCCCUGAGAGCUUGUAUCGAGUUCUGAAACAUUAUAGCACUGCAAACCAAAGAAUGCCGCUUGUCUACGUUAAACUCUAUAUGUAUCAGAUCUUUCGAGGACUUGCUUACAUUCACAAUGUUGCUGGUGUGUGUCACAGAGAUCUAAAGCCCCAAAAUCUUCUGGUUGAUCCUCUUACUCAUCAAGUCAAGAUCUGCGACUUUGGCAGUGCGAAACAGCUCGUAAGAGGCGAAGCCAACAUUUCUUACAUAUGUUCACGAUUCUACCGUGCACCCGAACUCAUAUUUGGUGCCACAGAGUACACAACUUCAAUUGAUAUCUGGUCUGCUGGUUGUGUCCUUGCUGAGCUUCUUCUUGGCCAGCCCCUAUUUCCUGGAGAAAAUGCGGUGGAUCAGCUCGUUGAAAUCAUCAAAGUUCUUGGUACACCAACUCGAGAAGAAAUCCGUUGUAUGAAUCCACAUUACACGGACUUUAGGUUUCCGCAGAUUAAGGCACAUCCUUGGCACAAGAUUUUCCACAAAAGGAUGCCUCCGGAAGCGAUUGAUUUUGCAUCAAGGCUUCUUCAAUACUCUCCAAGUCUUAGAUGCACAGCGCUCGAAGCUUGUGCACAUCCGUUCUUUGAUGAACUCAGAGAACCAAACGCCCGUCUACCAAACGGCCGACCUUUCCCACCUCUCUUCAACUUCAAACAAGAAGUAGCUGGAGCAUCACCAGAACUGGUGAACAAGUUGAUACCAGACCAUAUCAAGAGACAAUUGGGUCUAAGUUUCUUGAAUCAAUCUGGAACAUAA